GAAAAAAUGGGUGACCAAUCGGGAACCCCGAGAGACUCCACUCUUUCUGUUCCGCCCUUCCGUAACGUGUUUCGUUCUCGCGUUCUGAGAGGCUCUCGCUAGGCGCAGCGGCCGGUUUCCGUGGCAACAGGAAAGCGCGGGAAUUACAGAUUAAUUGAAACUGCGACUGCGCGGUGUGAGCUUUCCUGACCAAGGGCCGUCCGGGGGUUUUUUCCGAGAACUGCGCCUCUGGGCCCGGGAACCACAGGCCCUUUGCUCUGGGUAAAGUUCAUGUGUUAAAGUUCAUGGGAACAGGAAGAAAUGGAUUUUUCUGCGGAUCACGUUGAAGAAGUACAAAAUGUCCUUCAUGCUAUGCAGAAAAUCUUAGAGUGUCCAAUCUGUCUGGAGUUGAUCAAAGAGCCUGUUUCCACAAAGUGUGAUCACAUAUUUUGCAAAUUUUGUAUGCUGAAACUUCUCAACCAGAAGAAAGGGCCUUCACAGUGUCCUUUGUGUAAGAAUGAUAUAACCAGAAGAAGCCUACAAGAAAGUACAAGAUUUAGUCAGCUUGUUGAAGAGCUACUGAAGAUCAUUCAUGCUUUUGAGCUUGACACAGGAUUGCAGAUUGCAAACAGUUAUAACUUUUCAAAAAAGAAAAAUAACUCUCCUGAGCAUCUAAAGGAAGAAGUUUCUAUCAUUCACAGUAUGGGCUACCGAAACCGGACCAAAAGACUUCGACAAAGUGAACCUGAAAAUCCUACCUUGGAAACCAGUCUUAGUGUCCAGCUCCCUAACCUUGGAAUUGUGAGAUCUCUGAGGACAAAGCAGCAGAUACAACCUCAGAAUAAGUCCGUCUACAUUGAAUUGGGAUCUGAUUCUUCUGAAGAUACAGUUAAUAAGGCCAGUUAUUUCAGUGUAGGAGACCAUGAAUUGUUAGAAAUCACCCCUCAAGGAGCCAAGGCUGAAGCCAGUUUGAAUCCUGCAAAAAAGGCUGCUUGUGAGUUUUCUGAGAAGGACAUAACAAAGGCUGAACAUCAUCAAUUCAGUAAUAAAGAUUUGACCACCACUGAGAAGCAUGAAACUGAGAAGCAUCCAGAAAAGUAUCAGGGUAUUUCUGUUUCAAACUUGCAUGUGGAGCCAUGUGGCACAGAUACUCAUGCCAGCUCAUUACAGCAUGAAAACAGCAGUUUAUUACUCACUAAAGACAGAAUGAAUGUAGAAAAGGCUGAAUUCUGUAAUAAAAGCAAACAGCCUGUCUUAGCAAAGAGCCAACAGAGCAGAUGGGCUGAAAGUAAGGACACAUGUAAUGAUAGGCAGACUCCCAGUACAGAGAAAAAGGUAGUUCUGAAUGCUGAUCCCCUAUAUGGGAGAAAAGAACUGAAUAAGCAGAAAUCUGCAUGCUCUGACAGUCCUAGAGAUUCCCAAGAGUUUCCUUGGAUAGCAGUGAAUAGUAGCAUACAGAAAGUUAAUGAAUGGUUUUCCAGAAGUGAUGAAAUGUUAACUUCUAACGACUUACGUGAUGGGGGAUUUGAAUCAAACCCUGAAGUAGCUCGUGCAGUGGAAGUUCCACAGGAAGUUGAUGGAUAUUUGGGUUCUUCAGAGAAAAUAGACUUAAUGGCCAGUGAUCCUCAUGGUGCUUUAAUACGUGAAAGUGAAAGAGUCCACUCCAAACCAGUAGAGAGUAAUAUUGAAGAUAAAAUAUUUGGGAAAACCUAUCGGAGGAAGGCAAGCCUCCCUAACUUGAGCCACGUAGCUGAAAAUCUAAUUAUAGGAGCAUCUACUGUAGGACCUCAGAUUACACAAGAGCGCCCCCUCACAAAUAAACUAAAGCGUAAAAGGAGAAGUACAUCAGGCCUUCAUCCUGAGGAUUUUAUCAAGAAAGUCGAUUUGGCAGUUAUUCCAAAGACUCCUGAAAAAAUAAUUGAGGGAACUGACCAAACAGAGCAGAAUGGUCAUGGGGUGAAUAUUACUAGUAAUGGUCAUGAGACUGAAAUGAAAGGUGAUUGUGUUCAGAAAGAGAAAAAUGCUAACCUAACAGAAUCAUUGGAAAAAGAAUCUGCUUUCAGAACUAAGGCUGAACCUAUAAGCAGCAGUAUAAGCAAUAUGGAACUAGAAUUGAAUAUCCAUAGUUCAAAAGCACCUAAAAAUAGGCUGGGGAGGAUGUCCUCUUCCAGGAAGAUUCAUGCACUUGAACUAGUAGUCAGUAGAAACCCAAGCCCACCUAAUCAUACUGAACUACAAAUUGAUAGUUGUUCUAGCACUGAAGAGAUGAAGAAAAAACAUUCCAGCCAAAUGCCAGUCAGGUGCGGCAAAAAGCUUCAAUUCAUUGGAGAUAAAGAACCUACAACUGGAGCCAAGAAGAGUAACAAGCCACAUGAACAAAUAAAUAAAAGACUUGACAGUGACACUUAUCCAGAACUAAAUUUAACAAACAUACCUGUUUUUUUUACUCACUGUUCUAGUUCUAAUAAACUUCAAGAGUUUGUUAAUCCUAGCCUUCAAAGAGAGGAGAACCUAGGAACAAUUCAAGUGUCGAAUAGUACUGAAGACCCCAAAGAUCUGACAUUAAGUGGAGGAAAAGGUUUGCAAAUUGAAAGAUCUGUAGAGAGUUCCAGUAUUUCCUUGGUACCUGAUACUGAUUAUGGCACUCAGGAUAGUAUCUCAUUACUGGAAGCUGACACCCUAGGGAAGGCAAAGACAGCACCAAAUCAACAUGUGAGUCUGUGUGCAGCAAUUGAAAGCCCCAAGGAACUUAUCCACGGUUGUUCUAAAGAUAUUAGAAACGACACAGAGGACUUUAAGGAUCCACUGGGACAUCACGUUAACCACAUUCAGGAGGCGAGCACAGAAAUGGAAGAGAGUGAACUUGAUACACAGUAUUUGCAGAAUAUGUUCAAGGUUUCAAAGCGUCAGACGUUUGCUCUGUUUUCAAAUCCAGAAAAUCCAGAAAAGGAAUGUGCAACAGUCUGUGCCCACUCUGGGUCCUUAAGAGAACAAAGUCCAAGAGUCCCUCUUGAAUGCAGACAAAAAGAAGAAAAUCAGGGAAAGAGUGAGUCUAAAAUCAAGCAUGUGUGGGCAAUUAAUACAACUGUGGACUUCCCUGUUGCUGGUCAAAAAGAUAAGCCGAGCGAUCAUGCCAAACGUAGCCCCAAAAGAGUAACUAGGCUUUGUCAGUCAUCACAGUUCAGAAGCAACAAAACUGAGCUCAUUAUUGCAAAUAAACAUGGGAUUUCACAAAACCCAUAUCUUAUACCAUCACUUUCUCCCAUCAGGUCAUCUGUUAAAACUAUAUGUAAGAAAAACCUGUCAGAGGAAAAGUUUGCGGAACCUGUAAUGUCACCUGAAAGAGCAAUGGAAAACGAGAGCAUCAUUCAAAGUACAGUGAGCACAAUCAGCCAAAAUAACAUUCGAGAAAGCACUUUUAAAGAAGUCAGCUCAAGCAGUACUAAUGAAGUAGGUUCCAGUACCAAUGAAGUAGGCUCUAGUAUUAAUGAAGUAGGUUCCAGUGGUGAAAACAUUCAAGCAAAACUAGAUAGAAACAGAGGACCUAAAUUAAGUGCUUUGCUCAGAUUAGGUCUCAUGCAACCCGAAGUCUAUAAGCAAAGUCUUCCUGUAAGUAACUGUCAACUUCCUGAAAUAAAAAGGCAAGGAGAAAAUGAAGGCACACUUCAGGCUGUUAAUGCAGAUUUCUCCCCAUGUCUAGUUUCAGAUAACCUAGAACAACCUAUGGGAAGAAGCCAUGCUUCUCAGGUUUGCUCUGAGACAUCUGAUGAGUUGUUAAAUGAUGACAAAAUAAAGGAAAAUAGCAACUUUGCUGAAAGUGACAUUAAGGAAAGAUCUGUUUUUAGCAAAAGUGUCCAAAAAGGAGAAUUCAGAAAGAGCACUGGCCCUUUAGCCCAUCAUACAUGUUUGGCUCAGGGUCACGAAAGAGGGGCUGAGUCCUCAGAAGAGAAAGUGUCUAGUGAGGAUGAAGAGCUUCCCUGCUUCCAACACUUAUUUGGUAAAGUAACCAAUACACUGUCUCCAUCUACCAGACAUAAUGCUGUUGCCACAGAGGGUCUAUCUAAUGAAACAGAGGAGAACUUAAUAUCAUUGAAGAAUAGCUUAAAUGACUGCAGUGACCAGGUAACAUCGGCAAAGGCAUCCCAGGAACAUCACCUUCAUGAGGAAGCGAGAUGUUCUGAUAGCUUAUUUUCUUCACGGUGCAGUGCAGUGGAAGACUUGACUGCUAAUACAAACACCCAGGAUCCUUUCUUGAUGUUUGAUCCUUUUUCCAAACAAGUGGGGCAUCAGUCUGAAAACCAGGAAGUUCUGAGUGACAAGGAAUUGGUUUCAGAUGAUGACGAAAGGGAAACUGGCUUGGAAGAGGAUAAUCGCCAAGAAGAGCAGAGUGUGGAUUCAGACUUAGAUGAAGCAGCAUCCGAGUAUGAGAGCGAAACAAGCCUCUCUGAAGACUGUUUGGGGCUGUCCUCCCAGAGCGAUAUCUUAACCACUCAGCAGAGGGAUACCAUGCAAGAUAACCUGCUAAAGAUCCAGCAGGAAAUGGCCGAACUGGAAGCUGUGUUAGAGCAGCACGGGAGCCAGCGUUCUCACAGCUCCCCUUCCCUCAUAGCCGAUUCUUGUGCCCCUGAGGACCUGCUAAAUCUGGAACAAAACACAACAGAAAAAGCAGUAUUAACUUCAGAGAAAAGUAGUGAAUAUCCUAUAAGCCAGAAUCCAGAAAGCCUUUCUGCUGACAAGUUUCAAGUAUCUCCGGAUUGUUCUACCAGUAAAAAUAAAGAACCAGGAAUGGAAAGGUCUUCCCCGUCUAAAUCGCAGUUGUCAGAUAAUAGUUGGUAUAUGCACAGCCUCUCAAGGAGUCUUCAGAACAGAAACUGCCCACCUCAAAAGGAGCUUGAGUUUGUUGAUGUGGAGGAGCAACGGCUGACUGAGUCUGAGGCCCAAGAUUUAAUGGAGCAGUCGCAUUUGCCAAGACAAGAUCUAGAGGGAACCCCUUACCUAGAAUCUGGAAUCAGCCUCUUCUCUGAUGACCCUGAGUCUGAUCCCUCUGAAGACGGAGCCCCAGAGCCAGCUCAUGUCUGCAGCAUGCCACCCUCAGCCUCUGCACUGAAAUUACCCCAAUUUCAAGUAGAAGAAUCUUCCGGGAGUCCGGCUGCUGCCCAUACUACUAAUACUGCAGGGUAUAAUGUGAGGGAAGAAGGUGUGAGCAGGGAGAAGCCAGAGUUGAUAUCUUCAACACAAAGAGGCAACAGAAGAAUUUCUAUGGUGGCAUCAGGCUUGACCCCAAAAGAAUUUGUGCUUGUGCACAGGUUUGCCAGAAAACAUCACGUCACUUUAACUAAUCUAAUUACUGAAGAGACUACUCAUGUCAUUAUGAAAACAGCUGAAGGUUCUUGA